GCGAGGGAAGGGCUAGAGUUGGGGGGCAGAGAUGGCGAUGCCCAGGGCGGCGCUGCGUACCGGAAUCUUCCUGCGGCUGCUUGGGGCAGUCUGGCUCCAGACCCCACCCCGGCAGGACUUCUGGAUGCUACCAGACAACGUGACGGUCAUCACCGGGGAGGACGUCGUACUGAAAUGCGGCGUCCGGGCCCGACAAGGGCACGUGCAGUGGGUGAAAGAUGGUUUCGUGUUGGGUCCCAACCCUCAGAUCCCAGGCUUCCCCAGGUACCACAUGACAGGGGACCCCGAUCAAGGCGAGUUUCACCUCCACAUCUCUAAGGUUGAUAUCAGCGACGACGCGGAGUUCGAAUGCCAAGUCAGCCGGUCCGAGACCAGCCCCGAGCUCAUUUCUCCUCGGAUCAGCGUCACUGUGCUAGUACCUCCCAAGGCGAUACAAAUGAAUCCUGAGGUUGGGAGCUUGGUCACCUGGGUUGCUGGAGAGGAGUAUUCAGUCACCUGCACCUCCAGUGACUCUAAACCAGAGGCUGAGAUCUCCUUUCACCAGGACACCUGGCUGCUUCCGGAUGUCUUUCCCUACACAAAUCCUGGAUCCCAGGAGAAAUUCGUUACCACCGAGGCUACAGUCAGGGUGACUCCCAGGCCCUCUGACAACGGGAAACUCCUGGCCUGUGAAGUGAUCAAUCCAGCCAUGAAGGAGCCCUUGAAAUCUUCUUUCACCAUGAACAUUCUGUUUCCCCCCGGCCCUCCUGUCAUUGAGUGGCCAGGCCAGCUGGAAGGGAAAGCUAAAGCCGGACAGAAUUUGGAGCUGCUCUGUGUGUCACGAGGGGGAAACCCUCUGGCCACGCUACAGUGGCUAAAGAACGGGAAGGUGAUCUCCACAGUUUGGGAGACUGACCACAAGCAGGCCCUGGCCCGAAGCCUCCUGCCCCUGACCAUUCAGCCGGAGGACAAUGGGGCCCAGCUCAGCUGUGAGGCCCAGAACAGCGUGUCCCCUGAGGUUCAAGAGCACGUGAUCACGCUGCACAUCACCUUCCCCCCCAGCGCCAUCAUCAUCUUGGGCUCCACAAGCCUAGAAGAAAACAAGACCACAACCUUUUCCUGUUACACCAAGUCUAGCAACCCCGGAGUCCUCCUGCGCUGGUGGCUGGGGUGGCGGGAGCUGAUCCCCACAGACGUAACCGUCACUGAUGGCUUGCACGGUGGCCGAGUGACCAUGUCGAAUGUGACCUACACUGUGAGAAGGGCAGACAACGGGCUCAUGCUGACCUGUGAGGCCUUUAGUGAGGCUUUUGCCAAGGAGACCCUCAAGAAAUCGGUCACACUCAAUGUGAAAUAUCCUAUCCAAAGACUCUGGAUUGAGAGUUUCCCGGAGGGGGAAAUUUUUCGAGCAGGAAACUACAUUCGGCUCCUGUGUCUGGCCACAGGGGGCAACCCAGAUCCCUCUCUCUCCUGGUGCAAGGAUAAGAAGCCGGUGGUAGAACCCAAGUCAGCCACAGAGCAGAGGUCACGGAGCAGUGUGGAGAAGUCAGGAAACACCUUCACGAGAGAGUUGGUCCUAAAGUUGGACCCUAGUGACAACCAGGCCAUCUACACCUGCAAGACCACCUCCAACUGCAAGGCCACUAACGACCAAGCCUCGGCUUCCACCAAGUUCCACGUGCAGUUCCCUCCCAUCAACGUGACCAUCUCAGCCAAUACCUCCGUUCUGCGGCCCGGAGACUCCGUGAAGCUCACGUGUGUCAGCCUCAGCAGUAAUCCCCCGGCCAAUCUGUCCUGGGAAAAGGAAGGGGAGAGGCUCCAAGGAGUGCCCUUCAAGCACAAGCCAUCCCGGUUCAGGGGCUCGGAGGCCUCGGGGAGCAUAUUUCUUCAUGUGUCCUCCCAGGACCACGGCCACCGGGUCAUCUGCAAGGCCAACAGCCCUGAGCUUCAAGAGACCGUGAGCGCCUUCUAUCGGCUCCAGGUUCUCUACCCUCCCAAGUUCCUGGACGAUCAGGUCCUCAAAGUGGAAGCCCAGGAACAUGGGGGAGCGCUGUUCCCCAUCUCUGUGUCUGCCAACCCAGCCCCAGAGUUCUUCAACUGGAGCUUCCAGGGAAGCAAACUGAGUCCAGAUGGGGGUCCCAGACACCGGAUCCUCCCUGGAGGAGCCCUGAAACUGUGGAACUUGACAAAGGGAGAUGGCGGGGAGUACCGGCUGCUUUGUCAGAAUGCAGAGGGCGUCAAUGAGACCAUCAUCAGGCUGGACAUCCACUAUCCCCCCACCAUCCGGACCAUCCAGGAUCUCACCGAGGUGGAUAUAGGCGGAUCGGCUGAGAUUCUUUGCAUCGUCGAUGCCAACCCUGUCCUUCCAGACAUGUUUCGGUGGGAGAGGCUGGGAGAGGAAGAACAAGAAAUGGAGGACAUGGAACAAAUAUCCCAAGGAUUGACGGGGCGUCUUCAGAUCCAUCGGGCCACCUUGGAGCAGGCUGGGCCAUACCAGUGCAUCGUGGACAAUGGGAUAGCCCCUCCUGCCCGGGCAGUCUCGCAGCUGAUUGUGAGAUUUGCUCCUGAGGUCGAACACCCCCAGCCCCUCACUAAGGUGGCUGCCGCCGGGGACAGGUCCAGCUCGGCGACAUUACAUUGCCGGGCACGCGGCGUCCCUAACGUUGUCUUCACCUGGGCCAAGAAUGGGGUUCCCCUGGACCUCCAAGACCCCAGAUACACCGAGCACACCUAUCACCAGGGACCAGUUCAUAGCAGUGUUCUCACCAUUGCCAAUGUCACAGCUGCCCAAGACUAUGCCCUCUUCACCUGCACAGCCACCAACAACCUGGGCGCUGACCACACGGACAUCCAGAUCGUCAGCAUUAGUCGCCCAGACCCUCCAAAAGGCCUAAGGGUCACGAAUAUCACCCAUCACUCUGUGGGCUUGGAAUGGAAAGCAGGCUUCGAUGGGGGCCUGGAGCAGAGGUUCCGUGUCAGGUAUGAGGCACCAGAGACACCAGGGUACCUGUAUGUGGAUGUCUUCCCACCUCAAGCCACGACCUUCACUGUGGAGGGUCUUCGGCCUUUCACCCUGUAUCAUUUCUCCCUACUGGCCACCAAUGCCCUGGGGGACAGCGACCUUGCUGAUCGAGGAGUCCGGCUGCCAGUCACCACCAUAGAUAUGGAAGAGUCAUCUGAGAAGACAGAAGACCAGUCCCCCACAGAAACUGAAUUGCCUCAGUGGUUCCUGCUCCCCAUCCUCUUUGCCCUGGGGGUUCUGCUACUCCUCUCCAAUGCCUCCUGCAUCGGAUAUGUCUUCUGGAGGCAGAAAUAUCGGAGGCGUUCCUCAGAGGGAACCAAAGAGGAAAAGACAGAGGAAGGGUCAGAGGCUCGAGCUGGGAACGAAUAUGAAGAGAGCAGAUCGAGUGGCAGGAAUGCCCCGAGUACCACGGAGAGUUCAGCAGAGAUGGAACCCUAUUACCAUUCCAUGAAGGACUUCAGCCCCAAGCUCCUCCCUACACUUGAAGAGGAACCCCAACAUCAAGGUCUCUGGCAUCACGAGUAUGAAGAAGUGGCAGGCGCCGGACCCUUGUAUGAUGAAGUCGAAAGGCUAUACCCCCCAUAUACGUCUGGUGCCUGGAGAGCUCCCUACAGAGGAGCACAAAUGGGAGAAUGGCCCCGUGGCGCCUAUGAAGAGCUUGGGAGGAUUUAUGACCUGGUACCUGAAGACCUCCCUGGGGAAGGGCAGGACUACUUGCCCUUCAACCUCCAAGGGGAGUUGGUAUGAGACUAACCGAAGGCCCCAUAACUUGAAGUUCCCCGUGCUGCCCUUCGGCUGACUCUCCAGAUAGCGAUCGAUGCUUUGGGCCAGUAGGUGUGUCUGCAAAGGCCAAUGGUCUUGCCACUUGGCAAACCGGCCAAGCUUGUCCAAUAAAUAAAGCAUACCAGGCUGUGA